AUCUACCACAGCCACAGUGGAGGCAAAGUCUACUUGAACUUCCACACAUGCGGUUUGUGCUGGUGGGAAAGAAUGGCCAGCUAAACAGAAGAGUGGGAAACUUCAUCCUGGGAAGAGAAGUAUUCGCUCCUGAAGCCCCUCCUCACUGCAGUCAGGGAGCAACAGAAAACGUGAAGGGAAAGUACAUCACACUCAUCAUCACUCCUGACCUGUUCGAUCCUGAACUCACUAAUGAGGAACUGAAUGAUCGAGUUUCAGAGUGCAUGACUCUGUGUGCUCCUGGACCUCAUGUUAUAGUUCUGGUCCUUCAGCGAGACGACUUCACUGAAGCAGACAGAAAACAGCUGAAUUUCAUUUUCAGUUCUGUAUCUGAGGAAGCCCGUAAACACACCAUAGUUCUGACACACCCCGGCAGCUGUAUAGAUCCAGUUUUAGAGACUGUCUCAAAUGAGAUCUUUACAGGAUUUGACUUUAUAAGUGGAUGCAGUCAGACUGUUCUAUUGGACCUCAUGGAGAAGAGGAUAAAAGAGAACAGAGGAAGAUGCCUUAAACAGAAGAAAUUUGUGAUGGCUCCACUUGUAACAGAAGAGGAACAGCAGCAACAACCAACAGUGGAGCGUAAAGCUGAACAAGCAGUGCGGAAAAAGACAAGUAUGUCACAAAAGGAUGCUGUUAAAAACUGAGGAAAAUAGGGGGCUCUAAGGUGCUGCCACUAGGAUCUGAUGGUUGCUAGAUCGAAUCCUGGGUCACGCUGCUUGCCAUCAGCAGUCGGAGUCUGAGAGAGCACAAUUGACCUUGCUCUCUGUGGGUGGGUAGAUGGCGUGCUGUCCCUACAGCACUCCCAAAUUAAGAACUAGGGGAAAUGGGGGCUCUAAGGUGAGAGCACAACUGACCUUGCUCUUUCUGGGUGGGUAGAUGGCGUGCUGUCCUCACAGCACUCCCAAGGUUAAGAACUAGGGGAAAUAGGAGGCUCUAAGGUGCUGCCACUAGGAUCUGAUGGUUGCUAGAUCGAAUCCUGGGUCACGCUGCUUGCCGUCAGCAGCCAGAGAGAGCACAACUGACCUUGGUGAUGCCGGUCACUGUGCGCUGAUGUAUCAGAGCUGAGUUGAGCACGCAGGCUACUCUGUAAUGCUACAUGAGCAGCAGUGUUGCCUUCAUGUGCUAGUCUUCACUCUCCUAGUGUUGGG